AUGCCACCAAAGAAGGAUGCUUUUGCUGAUCUAUUCCAAUCGGCUAGCUCCAGCUCGGGCACCACGGGCAAUGGAGUUAAUUCAAGAUUGAACAAAUUGUCAUUGGCAGAGAGAGAACGGCUACAACGAAGUGGUAGUCAAUCUCCUCAACCGCUUCAUUCACUUCAAGCACAACGAUCUGGACAUCAAACAAAUAAUGCAACUCCAUAUGGUCUGCACAGUUCCAGCUGGUCGAACUUGGAUAUCUUAUCACCACAACCAAGUGGAGGAUCAAAGAUUCCUAGCAAGACAGCUUCGCCGUUGGUUAGCUCACAAUCGACUCGUAAUGGGACCCCACUUAGCCAAAACUCUACACAACCCAGGUCUUUUAAUGGAACUACGACAAAUGGAUCCCAAGCUAUGGCGACUGAGGAUGAUGACCCAUUUGCUAUUUUCAACAAACCAUCACACCAAAAGCAGAGUAUUCAGUCUCCGGCUUUGAAUAAUAGUGGUAUUAGUAGCAAAGAAACUACACCAGCGACAAAUGGGCAUGAGAUAUCACUACUCGACGAAGAGUUUGCGGAUGCAUUCGACCAACCCCGCCCAGCAUUGCAAUCAGCAUCGCAAUCAGCAUCUAGCUUAGCAUCGCAACCAAAGAGUCGUAAUGAAACUCGUAGUGCGACACCACAGGAUGACGAGCGUGACCGCGUGAUUGCCGAACUAAUAGACAUUGGGUUUUCCAUAGACGAUGCAAAUGAAGCAAUUCGUAAAUGUGUACCACCAGAUUUACAAAAAUGCGUUAAUUACAUAAUGAGCAAAUCUGCUGGAAACACAAAAGGAGGGAGACGGACACAAGACAAUAGUGGUAGUGGUGGCAGCGGUGGUAAUGAUAGUAAUCGUUAUAGCUCAUCGAGGUCGAAGCAUGCACGCAGAGCAGAGAAUGUUAAUGAUGAUGAUAAUAAUAAUAAUAAUAACAACAACAAUAAUGAUGAUGGUUAUAGUGAUAGUUCUAUUCUAGGUGUUCGUCCUGAAGGUAUAAACUUUAAUGAUUUGGGUAACGAUAUCUUUCAAAAAGCCAACACAUUUUUCAAUUUCUCCAAGAAGAAGGUUAUGGAGAAUAUUAGUCAGUUUAGUGGUGGUUCUUCUUCGCCGCUGGGUAGUGAUGAUAAUAUUCCUGCGUGGAUGAAGACGCAACAUAAAUACAAGGCAGAUGCCCACGAGAAAAAGUAUGGUGGUGAAGAUUAUGGAACUGAUGAAGAGAAUAUCAAUCGCGAGGAAAUUGAGCGAUAUAUGAGGAUGCAGAGGGAGAAGGAGAAAGAAAGACUUCGAAGGAAGGAAAGAGUAGAUGGGGAAACGAGGGACAAGAGGGGGAGUAUGGAGAAUAGAAGAGAUGGACGUCUGCCUGCAACGCAAGCAAGUAGACUUUCCUCAUCUAGAACCAGUUCAAUGACACCGCCAACUCCACCACCACCUCCUUCUUCUUCUUCUCAACCGCAAAGACCAGAUCGUCCUAUUACAUCUAGAACAAACUCUGCAAAUUCUGCAAAUUCUGCAAAUUCGAGUGCAAGAAGCAAUUUGUCGUACACACAUUCUCAAAUGGCAAACCCGGAAUUACCCAAUCACACAAUCCCUUCAAACAAGUCCUCCAGUUUACUAUCCAAACAGUCGGCACUGCAUGCCGAGGUUGACUUAUUGGGUCUUUCUACAAGCAGCGAGCCAGCUAAAUCGACUGCAUCUAACCUUCGGGACACUCUGCCAUUGAACCAAUUCCAUCAAACUGAUUAUACUACGAAUAAAGCCAAUGCUACCAAGGCAUUCAAGAGUGGAGAUUAUACUACUGCAUUGGAGUUGUAUAAUAUGUGUUUGCUGAGUCUACCUGCCAAACACGAAUUACGCAUUGUUGUGCUUUCCAAUUUGGCAUUGACUAACAAACUACUGGGACACUUACGCACGGCACUCGAAAGUGUUGAGGAGGCAUUGCAGUUGAUGAACUUGGAAGAGUGUAAUGAUAAUGCGGUAAUUGUAGCCGAGAAGCCAGUAAAGUAUUGGUAUGUGAAACUAGUUUCUAUUCAAGCGGAGACUUUGGAGUUGAUGGAGAAAUACGCAGAUUCAUUGGAAAGGUAUGUCUUGUUGAUUCAGAAAUUGGGAUGUAACGACAAGAAGGUAAUGGAUGGCAAGAGGAGGGUAGAUAGGAUUAUCAAUCCCGAGAAUUAUAAGCCUGUCAAGAAACCAGCGCAUCAACUGAGUACAGGGACAAGUGCAAGUGCAAGUGCAAGUGCAAGUGCAAGUGCUAGUAAAAACACAUCGAAUAAGCCAGGAGCAAUGGCUGCCACUGCUGAGCAAAGAGAGGGUUCUGCUUUACCAGCGGCAUCAUCUGUUCAGUCUGCUUCUCGAAAUGUAGAACAAGAGCUUGACCCAUUGGUGAAAGAUCGGUUAGAGUCAAAAGUGCAAAACUGGACCAAGUCCAAGAAUAAUGAAUUACGAGCAAUGCUCACCAACUUGCAUGAGAUUCUCCCUAUAUCCUUGCCUAAUGACAAGUUGCGUCAUUUGCAACUUACUGAUUUGGUGUUACCGAAGCAAGUCAAGAUUCAGUAUAUGAAGGUGAUUAGUUCGAUACAUCCUGACAAAUUGGCCUCUAGAAGUUUGAGUUUGGAGGAUGCGUUGGUGUGUUCCAGUGUCUUUAUCACAUUGAAUGAGAGAUGGGAUUUGUUUAGAAAGGAAGAGAGCAUCUGA